AAAGAGCGCUCCAAAGCCUGAGCUCAGUGCUUCAAAUCUGGUUUUGCUGAAGCGAGCAGCACACCUGGGAUCCAUACGGCAUCAACAUGAGUCAUUCAGCUGAAGCAUUAGCUGAUACGAGCCGGAGAAAUAUCACCAUAGAGAUCACCAACACCACCACUAACUUCUGUCUCAUCGACCCAAAGAUUUACUAUGAAAGCGGCCACUGCAGUGUCCCACCCCAACCUGUGGUUUCACCAGGGGACGUCGAGUUGUGCAACUUCACAAAGUCCUCUGGCACUGGCAGUGGUACAGUUGGGGUCUUGACCUAUAACAUUUGGAAGAGGGGCAACCAGAAAAUGACAGAGAAACUAGCCAUAAUGUUCUCUGUGCCGUACAGUAAGGCCGGGUACGAUAACUGGUUUGGGUUAGGGAUCUUUAGUGAAGAUACAGAGACCAAUGAGAAGUUGUACAAAAAGAUGUACUACGACAAAGAGCAGGUGGACUUUGUGCGAGCGAAGUCCAAUGGCUCUGCAAUUAUAUUUAAGGGCAGGGAUUUGGACCUCAUGGCUACCGCUUCAUCAAUGGGCAAAUGCAUUAUGAAGUUUGAGUUAUGGGAAAAGCUGUUCAAUCCCUCCCAGAGUCAAGGCCCUUACUAAGCUGUAACUCAGUGUCAGUCAGAGAAAUCAAAUGAGAGGAUUCUGUGUCAACUUCUCUGUAAAUCUGUGAUACUGUAGCUUCUGUUCAUGCAAUAAAUCCAGC